AUGACCAGGAUUUUCCCUUCGGAAAGCACGGGGAGUAUUGUAGUAACUGGAGCAGGUCAUUCGUCGCAUCCAACAACAAAUUUGCCCAAUAAGAAUUAUAGGAUACCUCAAAACGGAGAAGCGAGCACGACCAACAUGUCUGUGGCAGGAUCAACCUCAUCGUUUCAGAUCAUCAAGCACUCGAAUACUCCGGUUAAUGAGUCCAUACAAGUAAUGCCAGGAGAGCCUCUGAACAGUGAUCAUAUGAUGAAAAGUGAAAUUAAACAAUCAACCAACAAACUGCAUGAGGAGUUGGAAUCAGGCUCAUGGUGGGGAUGUAUACCUCUUCGUCUUUUCAUUAGUGCAAUGAUAGCAUUAUUAAUUGUUGUGAGUUGCGUUUCUAUUUGGGUGACCACAUUUGUAGUGUCGAAACAAGCGAUUGAAAAUUUGGCAAAUGAUGUGAUUGGAGUGAGCAAUCAAAAGAUUUUAUCAUACUUGGAUGCAGUCAUCAAUCCUUUGGGCAAAAUGUCAAAAGCAAUGGCAGCUGAUUACAAUUGGGGAAUUGCCAAUGAAAACAACUUUCGAAAGUAUCUCUUUCCAAAAUAUUAUUUCUUGGGAGCCACAAGUUGUGGAUACUUUUUUGGAUAUCCUUCAACCAAGUACACUUAUUCAAUCACUGGAGUUGGUUCCAAGGCUUAUUUGGUUUAUUCUUAUCAAACUCCAGGUUUCAUUGGAACCAUCAGAGAUACUGUUAACAACAAGACUGGUGCUGUUAUCAAAUAUAAUAGCACAAUAGACUAUACCCCCUUUUUUUCAGCUCAACAAGAUUAUUACAAUUCAACCAUUGAAUUAUGUAAUAGAUUGGGAAUUGAGGGAGUUUAUGGACCACCCUACAAAGCAUUGAAUUCGAGUAUGGCAAUUUAUCAUUCAUCAGUGGUUUAUGAUCCAGUAUUGUAUGCCUCUGGAAUUAAGAAAGCAGUUGGAGUGACAAGAAUCAACAUGUCAUUGGGUGCAAUUGUUUCAUAUUUGAGCAAAAUAGUGUUGAUUGGAAGAGGAUAUUGUUUAGUUUCACAAACGAAUGGAAUGAUGAUUGGAGGAAGUAUCAACACUCUUGCAGGAGAUGGAGAAACGAAUUUACACUUGUUCAAUAUUACAGACCGACAUGCAGGAAAACUCAUGAGAUCACUUUUCAUGCUGUACGGUAAUGACCAAAAUAUGAUUCCACCAGUUUCAUACAUUAGAGACAGCGGUGUUUCUUACAUUGUCUCAUCCUCAAAAUAUACUAUGGACAAUAUGAAAUGGAACGUAUAUCUAAUCGUAUAUGAGGAGGAUAUAUUCCACUCUCUGAUUGUAGCGUCAGGUAUUUCAAUUGGCGUUUUUGCAGCUGUAACAAUUGUGGGUGUGAUUCUCAGCGUUGUUUUAGGUAGUAUUAUUGCCCGGCCUCUUAAAAAGUUGGAAGAACAGUUUUCUUUAAUCAAGGUAUUGGACUUGAAUGAGAUAAGUCUUUGGCAAUCACCGUUCAAAGAGAUCAACAAUAUUUUCCAGAGCUUGGGGGACACGGUGGUGUGGUUAAAGGAAAUUAAGACAUUCAUUCCUGACUAUGUGUUUGAACAAAUUCAAACAAGUAAGAGCCUCUCUGUAAAAUCCAUUGAAGUUACCAAAGUGAAUUCAGUAGCUUCCAACAUGAACAAAGCGUCUAUUUCCUCUCUUUCUCAAUCGCAUCUUGGAGGAUCCAGGCUUUUCAAGUCCUUGAGCAAUUCAGGUGGAAAAUUGGGGAAAACUAUUUUUCAAAUGGGACUGCAUACAAAUCUUUGUUGUGUCAUUCAUGUGAUUUUCAAAGGUUUUACGAAUGUGGAGUCAUCUUCAGAAAAAGCUGAAUUGUUUACAUCGGCUAUUUCAAACAUCACACCACUCAUCAAAUUAUACAAAGCUAAUAUUCAAAUAUUAACAGACUUUGAAUUUCAAAUAGUAAUUACUGGUUCCCGUAGCGACAUCAAGGUACCUGUAAAAGGGUUGGAGUGUGCUUUGAAAGUUGUAAAAACUCUGGAAUCGAUCAACCAAACUCAAUUUAUUCCUCGCGUUGGGGUGAGUGUGAGUGAAGCAGACAUCGGUAACAUUGGAACCAAAAAUUCAAGGUUUUUCGCAAUAGUUGGUAAAUGUGUGAAGGAGGCUUCUAAAAUGGCAAAGGUAGCAGUUUUGUUUAACUUGUCUGUCGUUGCUGAUUCCUCAUGUUUUUCCAGCCCGUUAUCGAGAGAGAAAUUUAUUGCACGACCCAUAGAUCGCUACCGAAAAGAUAAGCUUUCAGACAUUGAAUCAAUUUGGACAGUUUUAGACGAGAAGAAUCAUGAAAAAGAUGAGUGGUUGUACGAAUUAGAAAAUUCGAAACGCAACAACACAUUUGACAAGUUCUUGAACGCUUUUUGUAUUUUCACAAAAGAAUUUUGGGAGAAAACAGAACCCGAUUAUUAUCCUGAAGCAUUGGAUCAUAAUUUGGAUAUUCUGAAAGAGUACGCUCAUUUAGUGGAAGAUCAUUCCUUACCUCGACUCAUCUCUGUAUUAACUGCUGUUGCCACCACGUGCUCUCCACAAAAUAUUCCUUUUGUUUUGACGAAUUAUUCAUCCGAAUUGGGAUGUGAGUAUAGAGGCUUGCUAUUGGACACACAACCUGUAGCAAAUCUUCAUAUUGAGAUGUAA